UCCCUUUUAGCUUUCUGUUUUCCCCACCUCCCCUUUUUGCUUUCACCUCCCUUCCGAUGAACACGAGCUGAGAAAAAUCCACUGAAAAAAUCGAAGCUUUAAGCUUGAUUCUUGAAGACGGAAUCGGAGUCGUUGUGGUCGAAGUCCUCCUGAGGCUAGGCCGAGUGGGGAUGGAGCAAGAAGAAGGCGGGGGAAGGGCGGGGGCGGGGGCGGGGGCGGGGGGUGUGGAGGGUGGCGAGAGUCUCCGGAGCUUGCAAAUCAUCCGGGUCUACGCCGACGGUAUUUACGAUCUCUUCCACUACGGCCAUGCCCGUUCCCUCGAGCAGGCCAAGAAGCUGUUUCCUAAUACUUACCUGCUCGUCGGAUGCUGUAAUGAUGAGCUCACGCACAAGUAUAAGGGAAAGACGGUCAUGAACGAACAGGAGCGCUACGAAUCUCUCCGCCAUUGCAAUUCAGCAAAUCUAAUUAAUUAACGCCCACAUGAGGUUCCCAAGCCAAGAGUUAUGACAGUAGCAACAAGACUUUAUCCUCCUCGAAGUAUACUGGAGAUAUAUUCAAUUUCAUCAGCCACUUCCUUCAUAUUGGGGCGGUUGUGCCUCCGCUCGUCCAAGCACGAUGACGCGAGAUAUCCGAGCGCCUUCAUGGUCUCCAAUUCCAACUUUGUGGCACCCUCUUUGAUUGCCGGAUCAACCGCGUCCAUCAGUCUUUCUUCUUUUGAAUCUUCUUGAUAUGUAUUGCCAAGUUUACAUCUUCCUCAUCUCGAUUGAAGUCGAUGGCCUUCUUUGAAGUCAGCAACUCUAGCAGAACAACCCCAAAGCUGUAUACAUCGCUCUUAUCAGUAAGUUGAAAAUUCAGAUAGUAUUCUGGAUCAAGAUAACCGAGUGUUCCUUGAGCGCAGGUCGUGAUGUGAGUUGCAUCUGUCUCAGCUAACCUUGAUAACCCGAAAUCGGACACUUUAGCAUCAAGCUUUUCAUCUAGUAGUAUGUUACUAGAUUUGAUAUCCCUGUGGAAAAUGGGCGGUACGGCUGAAGUAUGAAGAUAUGCAAGUCCCUCGGCUGUUUGGUGGGCGAUGUUGAGCCGACGGUACCACGUGAGUGGAGCCCAUUUACAUUUGUAUGCGCCGUGAAGAUGGUCAAAAAGAUUUCCAUAAGAUAUGUACUCGUAAAUUAGCAGAGGCAGCUCAAGAUCCACACAGCAACCCAGCAGUAUGACCAGGCUCCGAUGAUUCACCUGGCAAAGGAUCCGGACCUCGUUCAAGAUCUGGUCUAUUCCCUUUGUGUUCCCGAGCUUGGCUCGCUUGACGGCAAUUACAGUUCCGUCAUCAAGGGUGCCCUUGAAGACCUCGCCGAAGCCACCAACGCCAAGGAGGUUCUCUUUGGAGAAGUUGCCUGUUACUCUUGUGAUCUCCUUCCCCGUGAAGAUCUUGGCCGCUUUGCCGCUGCAAUUGGCAUUGAGGAUGUCUUCGCGCAUUUUGGUCAAACUAAGUUGUGCUUCUCUCUUGAUGUGCUUGCGCUGCCAGUGGACUACAAAAAGAACUGCGAAGCCGAACAGGACUGCAGCGGCGCUGAAGGUUAAACCUGCAAAAAUUGGGGGAGGUUUCAGGUAAAAUUGGUGAAAUUUUAAUGAAGUCAAAUGAAACCCUUUCAGGUUGAAAAUUGAAGUACGUACCUGCAAUUAGUGGACUUUUGCUGUGCUGCUUGCAAUCUUCUGGUCUUGGACACUUGAUAUCUACAAGAUUUGAAUAAGGAACUAGUUUAUGCAUAGUUCAUCACA